ACGAUUUUAUUUUAAUUGAGAACCGAAGUACCUAUUUGGGAUAAAUACAAAACACAUUAAGGCCACCAAAAAACCCAAUGACCAAUAAAGGACAAAAAUAAAAAUAAACUUUACACGUGUGCUAAAGUUAUCACUGGCUGCGUAACAAAAGCAAGAAAGUCUUCCUAUCAUAUACAAGAAAAUGGGCCGUUUUCGAGCGUCAAUUUUAAUUUUAUACUGUUGUGUGACUGGUGCUAUUACUACGAGACCUAAUGUUGUUUUUAUAAUUGCCGAUGAUAUGGGUUGGGACGAUGUCAGUUUUCACGGCUCGGACCAGAUUCCGACACCCAACAUCGACUUGUUGGCGUACAGCGGUAUAACACUGGAGCGGUACUACAGCCACUGUCUAUGCACCCCCUCGCGAUCUGCUCUGCUCACUGGCAAAUAUUCCCAUGUCACGGGAAUGCAAGGGUACCCCUUAACAAACUCGGAAGACAGAGGCCUGCCUCUCACUGAGAAGAUACUGCCAGAGUACUUCAAAGAGCUGGGCUACGACACCCACCUAGUGGGUAAAUGGCACGUGGGCUCGUCGCGACCUGAGUACUUGCCUACCAACCGUGGGUUCGACUCCCAUUUCGGACAUAGAGGUGGCUACGUCGACUAUUACGAAUACGUUCUGACGGAACAGUUGGGAGACGAGGUGCUUUCUGGGAUGGAUCUUUUUAAAAAUAUGACUCAGGCUUGGGACGUCGAAGGUUACAUAACUGACGUAUACACACAGGAAGCUAAAACCGUAAUUAAGAACCAUGACGUCAGUAGACCUCUGUUCCUCAUGGUGGGACAUAACGCGCCCCAUGCAGGCAAUGAGGUGUCAGACCUCCAAGCUCCACCAGAUUAUGUCCGAUCGAUGCGACACAUCGAGUCACCUCAAAGACGAAUCUAUGCAGCGAUGGUUAAAAAACUGGAUGAAAGUGUCGGCGACAUAGUAGCAGCACUUCAAGAAAAGGGUAUAUUGAAUGACACAAUAAUAGUAUUCGUUUCCGAUAACGGAGGAAUGACUUCAGGAAGUGUACAAAACUUUGCAUCAAAUAGACCUUUGAGAGGAUUGAAAUUUACGCCAUUCGAGGGAGGGAACAGAGUCAUCGGUCUCAUUUGGAACAAGAAUUUGACUGAAGGUAAUCAUUUAUGGAAAGGCUACAUUCAUGUGUCCGAUUGGUUGCCAACUCUACUAAAGGCUGUUGGUGUUAACUCUCCGGAAAAUAUUGAUGGGGUCAAUUUGUGGGAAAAUAUCGUAGCCAAUAAAGAGUCUAAAAGGAAUACACUUUUCGAAAUAGACGAUAUGGCCGGUUUUGCUUCCAUAAUACACGGUGAUUACAAGCUCAUUACGGGGGAAGUUAUCACAGAGAACAGCAAUCACCAAGGAGAACGGGUUACGGGAUUGAUCACAAAACCACCUAAUUAUAUUAAAGAACUAGAAAAUAGUAAAAUGUAUACAGUUCUUAAAGAUGUUGGUAUUAAUUUUGAUUUCAACAACACGGAGCUAAGAAAUAAUAUUAAAAUCAGCUGCCACGGUAAAAAUAGGAAAGAACUUUGCUACCCAGAUAAAGAUAAGCUUUGUUUAUUUAACAUAAGAGAUGAUCCGUGCGAAUAUGAAGAUAUCUCCGCUGAGAAUCCAGAUAUAGUUGAAAAACUGUACGAUAUAUUACAAAACGAAUUAAUGAGACUCAAACCAAGGCCACCUAUGGCUAGGGAUAUCAGGUCACACCCAAGACUACACAACUAUACAUGGAAUACAUGGAUGGAUGCAGUACAGUGAAUUCUAACAACACAGAUAAAAUUGUUGUUUUGCUAAAUCUCCGAUCAGAAAUUGAAAAUAUUAUUAUUAUACUUACUUAAUAUUGUUAUUGAGUUGUGUGGUCAAGUGUGGACAUGAUAAACGAGAAGUCACGGACUUUCAAAUGAAAAUUUCUCAAUUCUCUAUCUUUUACCACCACCUAAUAUUGUUUUAGCAAUAGCAUAGAAAAGCAACUGUAGUUACGUGUAAAUUAAAUCUUUGUUGUUAAA